AAGGAAAUAAGUUGAAGAGAUACCAAGAUGUUUGACAAAUUAUAACUGCGCGAGCCAUUCUACACCUAUACCGUUUAAUCGUCGGUGCUAGUUUUUCGCUCCAAAGAGCUCUAUGAUCCGGUCAAUAGUUGUAUUUCCACCGCUUAUAAUGAUCCCCAGAUUCACAACUUUUCCUUGAGCAAGCUUCUGCAUCUCCUCUCUGAACUCGCUGUUGUAGAGUGCCACAGCGACCGGCACAGCAGAGCUAGGUUCGAUCAAGAUCUUCAUCCUCUCGAGCACCAAUUUCAUAGCCAACUUGAUCUCCUCCUCGCUGACGGUAUACACACCAGAAACGUAGCUCCUAUCGCUGAUAACCCCCCAGUUGACCAGCCCAACCGGAGUGCGCAGGCCAUCAGCUAUGGUCAGGCUCUUCACACUAUCCACCCUCUCCCCAUCCCUCAACCCCCUCCAAGCAUCAUCCGCACCCUCCCUCGGCUCUGCUCCAAAAACCUUGACCCCAGUGCCCUUACACGCAACUGCGACGCCGGCAAGCAUUCCCCCGCCCCCACAGGGCGCAAUUAUGGCAGCCAAUGGCAUCCCGAGCUCCUUCUCCGCCUGUUCAGCCAGCUCCACAGCCAUAGUUCCCUGUCCGAGAAUGAUAUGCGGAUGAUCGUAGGGCGGCACGAGCACAGCUCCCGUCCUCUCCCUGACCACCCUAACUUCAGCUUCUCGCUCGGCAGAUGUGGGCCCCGAAAAGACCACCUGCGCCCCGUACCCUUCCGUCGCGGCGAUCUUAGACGGCGUGGAUAUGCGCGGCAUCACGACGUAGCAGGAUAUCUUGAAGCCUCUUGCAGAAGAGGCCUCUCUUGCCGCGAAUGCGAGUGCUUGUGCAUGGUUACCUUGCUUUGUCGUUAGCUCCGAGCUCCUCCAUGGGAGGAGUUGGGUUGGGUUGGCUGGCUGGCUGGAGGGAUGAGGGGCAGUGGGGAGGAGGGGGGAAGCGGAGAGAGGGAGGGAGUAAGUUAACCCGAACUGUGAGUCACAACACCCUUUCGCAAUUCCUCGUCCGUAAGUCGGGCGAGGGCGUGGGUUGCUCCACGAAUCUUGAAUGCGCCGAUCUUUUGGAGAUUCUCGCAUUUGAAGAGUAAGUUGACGUUCGUAUCACCCGACGAUGCGAGCUUUGAUAGCGUUGUAGAGGUAAAUACGGGGGUGCGGUGGAUGAGAGACCUGAUUAAUUCGUGUGCUUCUAGCACGGAUCCCCUUGAAAGUGGAAGUUGUACCGACGACAUCUUUCUUUCUUUUCUUUUUCCCUUUUUUCUUUUACCCCCACUCUUCUCUUUUUCCGACUUUCCGACUCUUUUUCCUGUCUUUCUUUUUCCCUUUCUCUUCCCUUUCCCUUAUCUAUCACCGGUACUAGUAUGCGCUCUCUCUCUACCCCAAGUCCUAAGACGGUGACAGAGCAGGGGGGAACGUGCAGUAUAACGUGUGGGGGACGAGGUUGGAGGCGGCGAUGGCGAUGGUUGUCGCUUUCAGCACGGACCCCCUC